GCCAAUGGGGAGGCGAUGGGCAUCAAUGUAUCGGUUUCACUCAAUCAGGUGGAAACAUUGUAUCGGGAGUUCGGAAUAUCUAUAUCAGAAUCGGUUCUUGGUUUGAUGUCUGAAGAUGAGAAGCUGUAAGUUGUUCUGAGAAAGACAAGAGGAGCGGUUGGACACUUGUGAUGUUGGGUUUCUGAGAAGGCAGCAGAGAUCAGACGAGAGGUUUUCCUUUAUAUAUAUAUAUAAAAGCCUUGUGUGUCGGCGAGAGGGUGAAGAAUGUCUCUAGCAGAUCAGAACAAAGUGUGGUCUCCCACCCACGUUAAGGUGGUGGUUCUGCAGGCCAGAGGGCUGAGAGCAAAAGGCAAAGAGGCCACCAAUGAUGCCUAUGUGAUCAUGCAGUUGGGUAAGGAGAAAUAUUCGAGCUCGGUGAAAGAGAAGAGCCAGGAGCCUUUCUGGAGAGAGGAGGCAGAGUUUGAGCUGCCUGUGGUGCUCCAGGGAAACUCAGAUAAAUAUACCCUGCACCUGAUUGUCAUGCACAGGGCCCUGGUUGGCCUGGACAAGUUCCUGGGUCAGGCCUCUAUCAACCUGAGCGAGCUGAGCGACAAGAGGGCAAGCAACAAGACUGGCUGGUACAAGUUGACAUCGAAGCCUGGUAAGAAACCGAAGGAACGAGGGGAGAUCGAGGCCGAUAUCCGAUUUGUGCGUAACAGUAUGACGGCCAGCAUGUUCGACCUGUCCAUGAAGGACAAAUCCCGGUCACGCUUCGGGAAGCUGAAGGACAAGGUGACGGGGGGGAAGAAGAAGGCGGGGGGUAUGUCGGACUCGGCAUCCGCCAUCGUGCCGAGUUUGUCCGGUGGCUUGGACAGCGAUGAUGAUCGACCCGAACCUGACACCAAGAAGAAAUCCAAACUCCGCACCCUCUUUGCCAAGUCUAACCUGCAGCGGACGUCCCUGUCUCAGUCCAUGUCGGUGCUGCCCACCUCCCCCCACACCAUCACCACUGGUACCGAUACCGAGGGUCACUUCACCGAGAUCAAACUGCACACCAGCACUGACGAGGAAAGUUCUGGAAGGGCGGACAAGAAGCUGCAUGUACCGAAGAUCAUGACCCACAAACGCACGGCGAGCGCCGACACCAAACAACAGAGCUUCCUGCCUGGCAGCAACGCCAAGAAAGAGGGUCUGGGGUUGGGCCUGUUUGGGGGCCUGAGAGGGAAGCCUGACUCCGGUUCACAGUCCAACCUGUGUAUCAACGGGAGCCAUGUGUACAGUGAGGAGCCCAGCGCUUCCUUACAGCCCAAGAACCAGGCCAUUUCCCGCUCGAUGCAGAACCUGACUGGACCUUUCUCUGGCUCGGUCGAAGACCUGAGGUAUCCCACGUACAGAACCCAGGGUUCCACGGAGAACCUGGCCCCCAGUCUGGCCUCCGGCUUGCUAGACACCGGGGAAGAUGGCCUUGAACCCAGAAGGCCCGAGCCCCCCAAAGAGGAUAAGAGAGGAGGGGGCUUAUUGGGUCUAGUGACCGGCAAGAAGGCGGAGCCGGCCAGCGAGACCUCCGCAGUGACCAAGGAGGCCCUCGGCGACUCGGGGGAAGAGGAGACGGAAAGCACCAGGUCUGAGGUCUUGAAAGUUCCUGUGGACAACAGGAAGGAAGAGAGUAAGAAGGAGGAGGGCAGGAAGGGGCUGUUUUCGCUGGUGACCGGCAAGCGAGACACUAAGAAGCUUGAAGUCCCCGAAGCCACCGAGGCCAAGGAACCUAUGGCCGAGAGCAUGGAAGAGGAGGAGGGCAGGAAACCAGCCGGGAAUUCCAUCUGGGCCUCUCGCACGGCGGCCAGCAAACCCAAACCGCAUCCUGUGAAGCCAUUGAAAGCCGGAAUAUGGAACAGCAAGUCUCCGGAGGGCCGAGAGGGACGGAGUGGAGCAGUAGAUGCCGACCUGUCAGAGCCGGAAGCUGCCUAUGCACAGCUGACACGUGCGGAGUUGGUGCAGUUGCUCCUGAGGCAGAAGGAGACGGUGGUGAAGAAAGACGAUCACAUCCGCGAGUUGGAAGAUUACAUCGAUAACCUGCUGGUGCGUGUGAUGGAGACCACUCCCAGUAUCCUCCGCACCGUCGCCCCUCCCACCAAGAAAGCCGAGCGGGUGUGAGAGCGAGGACCGAGCGGAGGAUGGGGUUGGGGGGAAGGAACGAGUGUGUGUGAGGAUGGAGAGACUAUGCGGAAAGAGAGACAUCCAGAUUUUUCCGACACUCCGAAAUGGUCCCAACUCCCCAGGGUUUAAGGGGCAGAUGGAUCUGCUGGGAUGGAGCGCGGAGGGAAGAAUCUUCUUUUACUGUCUUUGCUGGUGUCCCUGUGUGUGAGUGGGUUUGUGGGUGCGUGUGAGUGAGUAUGUGGGUGUGUGGGUGAAUGGAUGUGUGAGUGAGUGUGUGUGUGUGGGAGUGAGUGUGUGAGUGGGGCUCGCAGUUAACCUGAGUUUCUCUUAUAACUAACCAAUGAAAUGAUUUGCUUUACAUAUCAUACCAGACUUGUAAUCCUGGUGAUUCCGUGGGAAUAGCUUUAAGUCUCUUCCUUUUCAUUGCUCUUCCAGAAUUUCACCUUUCCCCCUCCUUCCUCUCCCCCUAUCUAACUCCAGUGGAAUCCUUCAUGGGGAGCCAGGGAUGGGGAAGAUAAAUGGGGUUUCCUCCUCAGGGCUGAACUGGCUCCAAGGUGAAACGUUUGCCAAUGACAUAUUGGAAUGGAGACCCCCCUCUGUGCCGGUCUCGAGCCCCCGGUUCCUGAGCCAGGAGGGGCCGCAGUGUCCCAGGGCACUCACUGCUGAUGGCAGCACAGCCCGGCCCGGCUCAUCGGCAGCACCUGGAAGUGCCGACCAGUCACUGGGGGCCGGGAAUCCUCCCCCUCAGCUCCUGGUCACCCCACAGCCAAAGCCCUAACUCACGGGGAGGGGAGUCCUCGCUGGACACUUCUGUGUGCAAAUGGCUGCCACGUUUCGCCCAAAAAAUAUACAAUCAAUUUCACUUUUACUGUAUAUUCUGUGAAACACUUUGGGAUAUCUUAACUAUGCUGUAUCAAAUGCAAAAAUUAUACAUCUCUCUUUUCUGUGUGUGUGUGUCUCUCUCUCUCUUCCUUUCUCUCUCUCAUCCUCUCCUUAAAUGCAAUAACAGAAAUGAAUGUUUUCCAAAUGUACACUGUUGAUUUUUAUAUCCGCCAAAUGAAAGCUGCUAUAUUUCCCGCUGUGUCUUAAAGUGUAAGGGGUUUUGAGGUUUGGGCUAUGUUUCGCUCGAAAGGUAUAAUAAUGAUCGCUUAAAAAAGAAAAAAAAUUCAGACACUCAAUCCACGACUGUUUGUGGG